AUGCAGAGCUUCAACAAGCCAGUCACUGGGGCACGGCGCAAGGCAUUGGCUGAACGCACUUCCAACGUGACCAUGGCUUCAGAGCAGAAAAUCAGUGUCGGCUCGUACAUGUAUCCAUACCAGCUCCAGCAGACUCCGGCACCAGUCACCACGAAGGCUGAGGCAUCGGCCGUCAAGCAGACUAUUGAUGCCUCCAACAAGCAGCUAAGUGCUGCCAUCCCGCGCGGCGGACCGAUCAUCCUCUUCAUCGAUGCUGCGGCAGAGACCAUGAAUUCAGAGGCUUGGGAGCAAUUGUGCCAGCAUUUUGCCAAGCAUGGGAACUUCAUGGCGAGUGGCAUGAACGACAUCAACCAUGGUCCAUCGUUCCCACUCAGAUAUGCCGAGGAUGACCAUCUUUCUGCUCAGUGGACUAUGCACCUCAAGGAGCACCUCAGGGUGCAAAUGGAGACAAACUUCCGAUCCAACCGAGCCACUAUCGUCGUGGUUGCUCUUCAGCGUCAUAGCUUCCGCAAGAAGAUCUACCAGACAAUCAAAGCCAACUGUGACGUCGAGCUUGGCCUACAGUCCUAA